AUGGAGAACCUCACGAUACACGACACGCCGCCGCCUGGGCAGGGAACGCCCCAAGGCCAAUUCCCAACUCAAGCUCUGGGAGGACGCGCCCCUCCCCCUCCCCAACCCCAGCAGCUGCCGCCGCAGAUGUUUACCACUGCCGCCCAGCUGUUGGACUUGACGGAUAAGAAGCUGGUUAUCUGCCUACGCGACGGAAGAAAGUUGACUGGUAUCCUGCGAAGCUGGGACCAGUUUGCCAACCUCGUCCUCCAAUCUACAGUUGAGCGGAUAUAUACCCCUCUACAAGACGCCCCCGAGGACUCGCCCGUCAAGGGCUACUACGCUGAUAAGACGCACGGCAUCUUCCUCGUGCGCGGCGAAAACGUUCUGCUCCUCGGCGAGAUCGAUCUUGACAAGGACGACGAUAUGCCCGCCGGCUUUGAGGAGAAGGAGUGGAAAGUGGUGGAGAACAUGAUCAAGGAGAAAAGAGCCGCCGAAAAGGUCAAGGAGAAGAAGAAGCUCAAGAAGCUGGCCACGCUUGGCUUUGAGGGCGAGAACAUGGGCGAGAUCCUUCUCUAG